AAUUUUCAGUUUUGUGCUGUUUUGGGUCUUUUGCAAAGGGAAAUUUAGCCAUGUGAUAUAAAAUUUUCAAAGCAGCAAGCCCUGAAAAUGUAGCUUCGCUCGCAAAAUGCAUUGUUUGCCAGGUGCUUAGCAAAAAAAGGAGAGCUAAAGUAAUACAUUAAGCCGGAAAAUACAAGCCGUUUAUUUUUAUAUUUUCAAGAACAUCGUUUGACAGAAUGGCUUGCUCGAGCCGGCUGUGAUUUCUGCCAAGCUGCUGAAGUUAUGAGUAGCGUGCUAGAUACUGGAAGUUCACCUUCUGAAGUGGACAGUGUAGACCUGGAUGAAGAUUCCAGUUCUGAGUUUGGUAUUGUAUGUGAGCUCAUUGAUGAGGCCAUCGUCAGCCUUUGCUUCGACAUUCAUCGGUCUAUCAAGCGUGGAGCAUACAGUGUCCUUGAGCAAUCAGAUGAAAAAAUUAUGAAACAAUUUGAAGUGGUGGAAUGCGAUGGGCUGGAUGUGUUUGGCCAGGGACCAUUGAAGAAACAAGUGGAAUGCAUUUGCCCGAGCUGCCAACGAAACAUGGCUGCCAACAGAUUUGCUCCUCAUUUAGAGAAAUGUUUGGGAAUGGGACGAAACAGCAGCCGAUUGGCCAGUCGCAGGCUUGCGACCACUGGCAAGCUAAUUGAUGGUGAUGAUGAUGAUGACAACUUCUUUGAUGAUGACUGGACAUGGAACUCAGACAGAAAGCCAGGCAGAAAGAAUAAGAAAGACAGGGGAAAUUCACCAAGAAGAGCUAAAGCUCCCAGAAAAAAUGGUGAAGCUGGGACUCCUCGUCCUGGGACACCUAGUUCUGUUCACAGUGGAGAGUUACCAGCAACAAGGACUGGACUUACUAUGGCUGCCUUUGAACCUCUUGGAAACGAAGAGAAAAAGGCUCUUCUCUCACAGACCUGUGGUGUGAUAUCAGAACAUACAGCACGGAUGUGUACAAGAUCCCAUCGAUGCCCACAACACUCUGAUGAGCAAAGGCAAUCUGUCAGACUGUUACUUUUAGGCUAUGCAGAAUUGGAGGCCCCUGUAGGCAGGUUACGACCGGAUGGAAGUUCUUUGGAACCUGAUGAUGUUAUUGAUGUUGAUAGCUAUGAGGAUGGUGAUGGUCAAGCCUUAAGAGAUACUCUUAACAGGCUGUCGUGGGAAGAAGAGUCCAACGUGUCAACUGGAGACGACAACUCUCCAGCAGCAUUUGGAAACGUACCUCUCGUGAAAAAGAAAAGGAAGAAAAAGGCGAAACACAAGAGGCGUCCUAGAUGAAUUUCGAAGAUGUUUGUCAGUCAAAGAAAACUACGGUGUUGUAGCAAGCGUCUUAACGUGAUACGGGCGAGGAGAAAGUGUGAAACUUAAGUUCACUUAGUUUGUCAUUCAGCCUUUGCACAGUGUGAACAGGUGUCUAUGUGCUCAGAGGAACCCACCUUUUCUUCCCGUACUGUAUUACUUUACCACACUACCCGGAACUGGCAGACAAUCUUGCAAUGCAUAAUUUGAGACGGUUCUUUGCUGUCGGUGGUCACCUAAAUUUUCUGGGUUUUCCAGAGUAGCAGUGACGUGUCGGGACGAUAUUUAAAAGUGAUAGGUUUGAAAAGGAGAUACCAUUGUUUUCACUUUUCGCAAAAUUUCAUGCCUAAAAUUUACUCUUUCACAUGUCGGUGAUGAAAUAUUUGUUCAACUUUCAAACUGAAAUGCCCUGUUGCUUCAGAAUUUUGAGGAGACAUGUCUGGCUUUUCCAGAGACAAUAAUGAAGGGAUUGGCUGCUUCGACGUGAACUUGCUUGCAAUGUUAAUUGCUUACAGCUUAAUGUUCAACUGCUUGUGGGUUUACAAGUUCUGAUUAUAUAGCCUCUGUGAGUGCAAGUUGUUUACGGCCGGAAAAAAUUAAAUUUGAGCAAUUCAA